ACCGCGGCUCCCCAAGAUGGCGGCCCCCAGUGGGCGCCGCCAUUGUUCCCCCGCCCGCCGCCAUGUUGGGCACGCACCGGAAGUUGGACACGCCCCCACUUCCGGCCGGGGUUGGGCCUAGCCCGGAGCGUCCGGCGGUGGCGGCGAUGGACAGCGAAUUCUCGGACGCGGAGGCGGCCCCGGGCGGGGAGGAGAACGCGCCGGUUUAUUGCGUGUGCCGCAAACCGGACAUCAACUGCUUCAUGAUCGGCUGCGACAACUGCAACGAGUGGUUCCAUGGGGACUGCAUCAACAUCACCGAGCGCAUGGCCAAGGCCAUCCGGGAGUGGUACUGCCGGCAGUGCCGCGAGAAGGAUCCAAGCCUGGAGAUCCGCUACCGGCACAAGAAGUGGAGGGAGAAGGAGCACGAGGGCACCAAGGGGCAGGAGCUGGAGCAGGGCCGGGCUGCCAAGAUCAAGCGCUCAGCCCGGAUGUGUGGCGAGUGCGAGGCGUGCCGGCGCCCCGAGGACUGCGGCCAGUGCGAUUUCUGUCGCGACAUGAAGAAAUUUGGGGGCCCCAACAAGAUCCGCCAGAAGUGCCGGCUGCGGCAGUGCCAGCUGCGGGCGCGGGAGUCCUACAAGUACUUCCCCACCUCGCUGGCGCGGGGGCGCGAGGGGGACCUGGAGCUGCUGAAGGCGCAGCUGGGGGGGCCGGGGCCCCCCGAGACCCUCUCGGAUGAGGAGCUGCCCCUCGACCCCCGGCUCUACCAGGAGCUCUGCGCCGGCGCCUUCGACGAGCACGGCCUGCCCUGGCUCAGUGACGCCGAGGACGCGCCGUUCCUGGACCCCGUCCUGCGCAAGCGCGCGGUCAAGGUCAAACACGUCAAACGGCGCGAGAAGAAAUCCGACAAGAAGAAGGAGGAGCGCUACAAGCGGCACCGGCAGCGGGCGCGGCACCGCGAGCGCCGGGGUCACGCCGAACGCGCCGACGCGCGCGACCCCGCGGGGCUGGGCCAGUGCCUCGGGCCCGGCUGCACCCGCCCCGCCCGACCCCCCUCCAAAUACUGCAGCGAGGCCUGCGGCAUCAAACUGGCUGCCAACCGGAUCUACGAGAUCCUGCCGCAGCGGAUCCAGCAGUGGCAGCAGAGCCCGUGCGUGGCGGAGGAGCACGGCAAGCGGCUGCUGGAGCGGAUCCGGCGCGAGCAGCACCAGGCGCGGCUGCGGCUGCAGGAGAUGGAGCGGCGCUUCCACGAGCUCGAGGGGCUCAUCGCCCGCGCCAAGGGGCACCCGCCCCGCGAGGAUGAGGAGAGCACGGAGGGGGACAGUGAGGACACGGACCUGCAAAUCUUCUGCGUGUCCUGCGGCCACCCCAUCAACCCCAAGGUGGCCCUGAGGCACAUGGAGCGCUGCUACGCCAAGUACGAGAGCCAAACGUCCUUCGGGUCCAUGUACCCCACCCGCAUCGAGGGGGCCACCCGGCUGUUCUGUGACGUUUACAACCCCCAGAGCAAAACCUACUGCAAGAGGCUGCAGGUGCUGUGCCCCGAGCACUCCCGGGACCCCAAGGUCCCGGCAGACGAGGUGUGCGGCUGCCCCCUGGUGCGCGACGUCUUCGAGCUCACCGGGGACUUCUGCCGUCCCAAGCGCAAAUGUCACCGUCACUACUGCUGGGAGAAACUGAGGCGCGCCGAGGUGGACCUGGAGCGCGUCCGAGUGUGGUACAAGCUGGACGAGCUGUUUGAGCAGGAGCGCAAUGUCCGUGCGGCGAUGACGAACCGGGCGGGGCUGCUGGCGCUGAUGCUGCACCAAACGAUCCAGCACGACCCACUGACCACUGACCUGCGCUCGGACCGCUGACCC